AACAACCAUCCAAACAAAGCUUUAGAAGAUCCUUUGGAAUCUUCUUCUCUUUCUUCACCUCAUCUUCUUCUUCCCUACCAACUAAAAUCUAUUUCUCUUCACAUUUCAAACAAGCCCAUUUACACAACAUCUUGUACAGUAUUUAUAUUACAAAGAAUUAGAACAAAAAAACAAAGAAGAACACAUUGUACAUAUAGAAAUGAGUGCUUUGAAUUCCACCUUUAUCUUGAUAGAUCUUCAAACUUCAUGGUACUCAGCUAAACAAAUAGCCAAUUCCACCUUUUGUUAUUUAAACCAAUCUCAAUCUCAAUCUGCUUCUUCAACUUUCUCAGCGGCAUUUCGUCGAACGCGUAACAGGCGCAGUAAAAUCUCAUCAAUUCAAUCCCCAGAAAUCAGGAGGCCGAAAGAACAUUCAAUUUCAGGAAAUGGGUUGUCGUUAUUUUCGCCGAAUUCGCCUUCCAUUUCGAGUUCUGGAGAUGAAGUGGUAUCAGACUUGGACUUGUUCUUGGAAAUAGUGCCACUUAGGAUGAGAAAUGAGCUAUUUAUGCAUCAGGAAAUUGGGAAGUUGAUUGAGGUUGUUAUGGAUUUGGGUAGGAAGCCUCUCGCGCGAUUUCCUUCCGGUGAUUGGAUCAUUUCGGAGCAGCCUGUUAAGCUUGAGGAUCUUCGCCAUGCCAUUUCAAAGGUGGGGGAUUUCUCAGAUGACAACCGUUCUGGUAUUGACAGUUCCCUACAUCGUAUAAGUGCAAUUAGAAACCGUAAAAUGCAAAUCAUUGGACUUACCUGCCGGGUAGGUCGAGCUGUAUCUGGAAGUGCUGAGAUCAUACGUGACUUGGUUGAAGGAGGUGGCUCCAUAUUAGUGAUAGGUCCUCCGGGUGUUGGUAAAACUACUUUAAUCAGAGAAAUUGCCAGAAUGCUGGCAGAUGACCAGAAGAGACGAGUCGUUAUUGUUGAUACAUCAAAUGAGAUCGGAGGUGAUGGAGAUGUUCCUCAUUCAGGUAUUGGUUGUGCAAGAAGGAUGCAAGUCCCAAAUGUUAACCUCCAGCAUAAUGUAAUGAUCGAAGCAGUUGAAAACCAUAUGCCCCAAACCAUCAUAAUAGAUGAAAUAGGGACAGAGCUUGAAGCGUUGGCUGCUAGUACAAUUGCCCAGAGAGGAGUACAGCUUGUUGGGACUGCUCAUGGAAGUACUAUCGAGAGUAUAAUAAAAAACCCAUCCUUACAGAUGCUUGUUGGUGGCAUAGAGAGUGUUACCCUUGGUGAUGAGGAAGCAAGGAAAAGGAAAGUACAGAAAACAAUUCUAGAGAGGAAAGGCCCUCCAACUUUUACAUGUGCUGUUGAGAUGAUAUCAAGAACUGAAUGUCGUGUUCACCAUAGACUAGAUUUAACAGUAGAUGCUAUAUUAGCAGGAAAAUCUCCUUUGUUUGAGAUACGGAGAUUGGAGAGCGAAGCUGAAAACUUGAUCGAGUCUUCUCUCUUCGCUCAAGAGGACCAAGUUAAUGACUUUGAGCUAACUGAUAAAGUGGAAAAGAAAGAUAGAAUGGAGUAUGUAAAAAAGAAAGAUAAAGUAGAGUCUGAUAGGGAGUAUGUAAAAAAGAAAGAUAAAGUAGAGUAUGUAAAUUAUAAUCUGCAAUCCAAUAACGAAGACAAAAAGGUAAAAUUUGAGUCAGAUGAGGAAGAUGAUGAUCAUCCUAAUUCCACGAAAUUGGGAACCAGUGGAUAUGCCUGCAAAAGGACCACUCCUGUGCAUGUUUAUACUUAUAAGAUUCAAGAAGCUGAUCUAUUACAAGUUGCAACCGUUAUGGGGCUAGAGGAAGAAAUUGAGGUAACAGAUGAUAUUGGUAUUGCAGAUGCUAUUCUAGCAUCUAGUGUUGAAAUGAAGCAGAAUCCUUGGAUUCGUAGCGUUGCCAAAUUUCAUCAAGUGCCUGUCUUUGUUGUAAAGUCAAGUACCAUGGCUCAAAUGGUGAAAGCUAUCCGUAUGAUUCUUGGAAUGGAUUCUCUUCACUCAAAACAACCAUUAAAAGAUUCAUUCGAUAUUGCAAUUCAAGAUGAUGCACCAAAAAGGAGACCUACAUUGGAGGAGAUCGACGCCUUAGAGGAGGUUCGCCUUGCAAUUGAGUACAUCGUCAUACCUGGUGGUGAGGCUGUUGAACUACUCCCAAGGCGCUCUGAGAUAGUUGCCCAACAACUCAAGCUGGUUGAAAGUUAUCAGUUGGCUGCAGAAAAUUCAGGUACCGAGUCAAACCCAAGGUUGCAAAUCCUUCCUCAGAAACUAUAUAGGAAGACUUCUGUAAAGCCCUCGAGAUCCAGUUCAAGUGGGAAUAACACAGGUUCUGACUCAUGGAUUGGUAAGAAUGGAGGCACUGGUGUUGCUCGACUGCCUUUCUUGCCUGAAUAAUUCAGAUAAGUUCCUUUGCAGCCGAUUCAACCUUGGUUGAACAUGUUAAAAGGCAAAUGUACAGUGUUGUAUAUCUGUAUCUAAACCCCUAUAGAUUCCAUUGUUUGGUUCUUUGCAUUUCAGUAUUAUUAGCUCAUUAAUUCCUUGGUUGAAUUGCUUCUAAUACGCUGUACAGUGAUGUAAAUCCUCCAAAGGAAUGAAAUUUAGUAGCACUCAUUCCAUAAUUAUGAUAAAACAACAUUGGAAGCAAAAUAUAGGAGUCUCAUUUUACUGUA